GCGCUGGUUGCGUCCCGGUCACUGACCUGCCCCUGCCCCUGCCCCUGCCCCCACAUCAGAUGCGUUUGUAAGCCUUUCCAUGCACUUAAAGAAGCAAAACACUUGGUUUUAGUCCUCCAGGCAGUUCAAAGAAGGCUCAUCGUUCAACUGAGGCUGAAGAAAUAUCCAGGUAGCACUAAACAAAAGCAAUGCUGAAAAUUUUAAGCAAAUGAACCAAGUUCACAAUAAGGUUUGGAAGAAAUCCCUGUGAAAUACAACAUUUAAAGAACUAUUUGAGAUCCGGAAAUACAAAAUAUGGAAGAAUACACUGUGUUGAAAGUACUUGGAGAGGGGUCGUUUGGGAGAGCUCUUUUAGUCUGUGAUAAAACCAGCAGCCAGAAGUAUGCAAUGAAGGAAAUAAGACUUCCCAAGUCUCCAUCUGAUGUCGAGAACUCUAGGAAGGAAGCUAUUCUCUUGGCUAAAAUGAAACAUGCAAAUAUUGUUGGUUAUAAGGAAUCAUUUGAAGCCGACGGACAUCUGUAUAUUGUAAUGGAAUAUUGUGAUGAUGGUGAUCUAAUGCAAAAGAUUAAACGCCAAAGAGGAAAAUUGUUUCCUGAAGAUACGAUCCUUUGCUGGUUUGUACAGUUGUGCCUGGGGGUGAAAUACAUUCAUGACAAACGUAUUCUGCACAGAGAUAUCAAGUCCAAGAAUAUCUUUCUUACUCAAAAUGGCAAAGUAAAAUUGGGAGAUUUUGGAUCUGCACGUCUUCUUAAAAACGCAACAGCAUAUGCCUGUACUUAUGUGGGAACUCCUUAUUACGUGCCUCCAGAAAUAUGGGAGAACAUGCCGUACAACAACAAAAGUGAUAUCUGGUCCCUGGGAUGUGUUCUAUAUGAGCUUUGUACUCUUAAACAUCCAUUUCAAGCCAAUAGCUGGAAACAUCUCAUCCUUAAGAUAUGUAAAGGUUCCUACAAUCCACUUCCAUCUCAUUACUCCUACGAACUUCAUUAUUUAAUAAAACAGAUGUUUAAGAGAAAUCCCAAGAACCGUCCUUCGGCCAGUACUAUUCUUGCAAGAGGCUGCUUAGCCAAGUUCAUUGAAACUUGUUUGCCAGCAGAGAUUGAAUCUGCAUUCAAUUUCCAGGUGACAGCUGGGAUUCAACAAAUAUUAAAGGAACCGAAGAGGCACAGAAGGGAUAGAGGAGAUACAAAAGCAGGUGCUAGAAGCAGUGGUGGAGCAAACAGUACUCGGCAAAAUGAAGAUCAGUGGAGCCACUCAGAUCUGAAGAACACUACAAAGAUUUUGAGUGGAAGAACACUGAAGGAAAGGGGCUCCAGUAAAGAGGAAAAAUAUGAAGCCCUCACAAGCAAUACUGAUUUGCCAUGUCUCCAGAGAAGACAGUGGGAAAGAGGUGCACCCAGUGCAGUGGUAAAUGUCUUAGGAAGUGCCUCCUUGCUUUCUUCUAGUUUUACAGCUGAGGAAGAGAAAAGUGGUUGUGUCAUAAAAUACAGUGAAAAUAAUCCACGUAAGCAGUGGAUCAAAGAAACUCCUCAAACCUUGAUGAACAUUCUUGAGAGUGCUGAUAUUAGCUUAGCAUUUAAAACAUACACAAUCUAUAAAGCAGCCUCAGGAGACUUACUGAAAGGUCCACUUUCUGAUGAAUCCAAAGCAUCUGAUGAAAUAGAUGGUGACCUUGAGGCCAUUAUCACAGAUUCUGAAAGACUUGAACCUAGAUCUGAUGAAGAAGACACGGACUUUGAAGAGGAGGAGGAGCCAGAUUGGGUAGCUGAACUGAAAAAAAUGGCCAAAAUACAAUGAAUGGAAGAUUGUAUUAUUACUGUGUAGUUGAAGAAGAUAACACUUAAAAAAAUUCAUCUAAUCCCACCCCCUAUUCAAAGAAGGACCAUUCCCAACUAUAUUAUCCCAGCCAAGACUUUGUCUAACUGGGGGUCUUAAAAACCUCUAAGGAGCACUUGUUAAGCAGAUCUAAUCCACUGUAUGUUUCUAGUUGUUUGAUGUCAAAGCAGUGAAGGUGAUGUUUUCCAUACAAUGAGAGGAAGAGGCGUGCGUGUAAUAAAAUACCAAGCUGAGCCUUUGUUGCUCAGAAAUCUGAAUCGUGAACAUG